AUGAACUCUCACGAUAUGCUGCUCGAGGGCUACGAGCUAUCACGAACGAGUACGCAAUCCACAAAAGAUCAAGAAGCGUUCUUUCUCCACGAUGAGCGCGAUAACUUUCAGCCUUCUCGCUUCCCCGGCCAGGAUGCGUUAAAACAAGCAUUCCAAUUUUGCGUCCCCUCAACACGCGCCUGGUUCUGGAUCCAACACUACCCAGGACACGCACUGGCGCGAGUCAAGCGUCUCAUUCUCUGUCAUGUUGGUCUGUCUCGAUCGUUCUUUCGACGAGCCGCCUUGAUUGCCUGUACGUCACUUUCAGCGAUUGUGAUUGUUGUUAUUAUCACGGCAAUCUUUUUUCCUCAUUAUACUCGCCUCCCUCCACACUAUGAAAUGUUACGUGAACGAGCUUUGGUCUCUGAAUACCCUGGACGCGGGAAUCUACAAAGUCAAAGGGUCUUCAUAGCAGCAAGCAUUUAUGACAAGGAUGGUACAGAUGGUUCACUCGCCGGUGGGCCUUGGGCCCAGAAUGUGCUCGACUUGAUCCAAUUGCUAGGCCCAAAGAAUUGCUUUCUAUCCAUCUAUAUGAAUGACUCAGGGCCAGCGGCAAAAAAGGCACUGGAAGGGCUCGAAAAGCGCAUUUCGUGCGACCACGAGUUAGUUUUCGAGGAGCACAUGGAAACUAACAACCUACCUCACGUCAAAGCUCCAGACGGAUCAGAACGCCUGAAGCGCAUUGCGUACCUGGCCGAGGUUAGAAAUCGAGCUCUAAAACCACUCGACCAUCUCAACACCACCUUCGACAGACUUUUGAUCUUGAACGAUGUCUUUUUCCACCCAGUUGACGCUGCACAGCUGUUGUUCUCCACAAACAUCACUCCAGAAGGCAGCACCGACUACAGGGCUGCGUGUGCGGUGGAUUUCAUCAAUCCGUUCAAAUUUUACGAUACUUUCGCGACCAGGGAUAUCGAAGGAUACGAAAUCGGACUACCUUUUUUUCCGUGGUUUUCCGCGAACGGGGGCAAACAAAGUCACCGGGCCAUGCUCAAAGGAGCGGAUGCCGUGCCAGUCAAAAGCUGUUGGGGUGGGAUGGUGGCGUUCGAUGCGAGAUUCUUCCAUCGCCGACAUGGAAUUCAUGAUGAGCCAGAAACAGCCGGACAGCGAAGUCCGGACCACCUCUCCGUCCCGUAUCGAUUCCGCGCGGAGAAGGAAGCUUACUGGGAUGCUUCAGAGUCUUGUCUCGUUCAUGCGGAUAUCCAAAGCCCCGAACCCGGCAAUUCAGGGAUUUACGUGAACCCCUUCAUCCGGGUUGCGUAUGACCCCCGAACCCUUUCUUUACUGAGCCUAACUCGACGAUUCGAGCGUCUAUAUACGCCAAUCCACACUAUGCUUGAUACGUUGAUGAGACUGCCAAGAUCUAAUCCCCGAAGGCACGAAGAGCCAGGCAAAAGAGUCGAAGACAGAAUUUGGGUUGCAGACCAGAGUGGUGGCUCUUUCCAAGACGUCGUGAGAAUUACUACGCAUACCGGCUUCUGUGGCAUCCGGACCUUGCAGGUAAUGAAAUUGAACAUGGCAGAAGGGGAGGAUAAUUGGGAGCCUCUACCGGUGCCCUCAUGA